AUGUCUACAUGGGGAAGCUCCAAAAACAACGAUCCGGGAAGGGAAAGCAAGAGGUCUUCGCGCAAUGUCACACCUGUCAACACACCUCCGAGGUGGCAGACACCACCGCCAGAGACGCCGUCUCCCCCUCCAGAGGUGGCGCCGGUUGGUACUACAUCCCCCAGAGGAGAGGAGAUCGGGUCGCGACCAGCGUCGAUGCUCUUCUCUCGAAAUCCGCCGUUGAUGGCCCACGAGGAGGAUACGCCCCCGGAGCUUUCGCCGAUUUUCUCCUUUCUCAAUAUUCAUACCAGUAAGGUAUAUCAGGAAGGGUACUUUCUAAAGCUGAACGAUCAAGAUUCACAUGGACGGCCUUGUGUUGACCGACAAUGGGUGGAAUGUUAUGCCCAGCUUGUUGGAACUGUGUUGUCCCUCUGGGUAGCAGCGGCGCUGGAUGCAGCUGGGGGAGAAGAAGUCCCUGCGACAUACAUCAACCUCGCUGAUGCCUCGAUCAAAAUGAUCGAGACGUUACCGAUCAGGAAUGGAGCUGUGCAGCCGUUGAAGAACGUCCUUAGUCUCUCGUCGGCAGGAAAGAAUCGAUACCUGCUCCACUUCAGCUCAUUCCACUCAAUGCUUCAAUGGACGGCAGCAAUUCGCCUUGCGAUGUUCGAGCACACGUCACUCUAUGAGGCUUAUACCGGCUCUCUAAUCGCCGCCAAAGGCAAAGCCUUGAACGGCAUUCAGUCUAUUCUAGCUCCCAACAAAUUCAAGCACGAGGAUUGGGCACGCGUUCGAUUCGGUGCCGGGACGCCCUGGAGGCGAUGCUGGUUUGUGAUUACCCCACCGGACGAAAAGGAUCUCCAGAAGGCGAAGAGAUUGAUGAAAAAGUCCGCAUACGACCGCCUGACAAUGCCAGUUACGGGGAGCAUCAAGUUCUAUAGCACGCGGAAAAUCAAGAAAGCACAGCCAAUUGCUACGGUCACCAAUGUCUACUCGGCGUAUGCGAUCUAUCCACAAUCAAAGGCUCUCAUCGAUCAGUCAUCUCUGGUGAAGCUCGAAGGCCGAAUCACACUACAUGGCGGCAGUGAAGUGUCGACAGAGGGCCUUGUCUUCGUCAUGCCAGAGCGUCACGCUGCUGUCUCCGGAUUUGAGACGAUGCUUCGGUUCUUGUUUCCGACGUUCGACACGUUUAACCUCUACGGACGCCCAACUCGCUUAGUUGCCGACGUAAAUCAUCUGAAGAGCAUAAUGUUCGCGUUUCCAAAGCAGCGACGCUACGGGUACUUGGAUAUUCUCGACAUCACCAAUCUCCUUCAGAUCCCUGGAAGUUUGGAAUGGACUGAAGCAGAGUGGAGGAAAAGGCUAAAGGAAGCCACACAAAAGCGCAUGAGCGCUGGUCGAAGCCGAACAAACAGCGUCAACAGCAGCAAACCUCGUUACCGAGCCAGUAUAUCCAGUCGUCUGGGUGACAGCUCAGUGAAGGAGCCCCGCCAGCAUUCUGCCCUUCCGGAAGCCAACCCUGAGUUCAACUCGUCCUCAGAUGCGAUCAUUCACGAGGUACCCAAAGCCGACCCUGGUAUCUAUCAUGCUAGGGGAAUGUCAGAUACGACAGGUUUGCAAACGAUGCAGGCACUUGGCCUUGAUUCGCGGGUUGACCACUCAUUCCAUGCAUCCGCCCAGGACAAUGUACAACCUGACCGUGCGCAGGCGUUGGCCGAUCCGAUUGUAAAUCAAACUGGGCAAGAGGAUGGUCACCACCCCGGUACGAUGGAGCAAAAAUCUCAACUCGAACAGCAGCUUCCCCCUCGCACGCCACCUUCUCCAGUGAUAAAGCCUCCCACUUUCGCUCACGGCCCACAAGAAAUGCCUGCCAAUCGGCCACAAACAAGCAAUGAGCAGAGAUUGGCUAAUAACAGGAUGUCCCACACAACUUUGAUGCAGAUUCACCAGAUUGGCAAGUCCGGGUCCGACUUGACCGGCGCUGCAAACAACUCCCAGGACAUCGAACAAUUUUCACCCCCCAUUGUGGACAGCACAGAUCACCGGUCCGGCCAUUUUGGUCCUUACCGGACGUACAAACCAGACCGCGUGGUCGCAAAUCAAUCCAGUGAUGAGGAUAUGAGCCUUGCUUUUCCUCCUCAUUCAAUCCCUACUGCAAAUACCGGAUUGCCGACCCCUAGUACAGACGACAAUCCUUCGCCUCAACUCAAGACACCAACUGAUCUGGGCAUGAAGCCUGUCAAGCGGAAACCCCUUCCUCAGAGGCAACUAUUCAAAGACCAGUCGUCGCCUAUAUCGCCAGCAAGCGAAGGGCCCACUUACGACGACCUUCGGCAUACACUUGACGAGGACGCCUUAAACCGCAUCGCUCCGCAAUUAUCUUCGCCAACUUCCAUGCCACGGAACGAGGAAGACAGUCUUUAUGACGCUGCCUCGACUGUCUCCCCUGACUAUGCGAGCACCCACGAGUCGGUCUACAGCGAGAAGUCCAUCAAAAGAAUGGGCGUUAAGAAAAUUGCUGGAGAGCCUGCCAGUCAGGACUUAGUCAUAGGAGACGCUCAUUAUACUACCAGUAAACCAGCGGAGCCCAAUCCUGACAUUCCCGACUUUGACUUUGGUCCGACACUGGCCUACAUGCCCACGACUGGGCGUCCUACAACCGGCGACGCGAUAAAAAGGCCCUCGCAUAAUAGGCAACAGUCGGACCUGAAGCAUGUCGCUCAUGGUAAUACACUAGAGCAAGGCCACGUGCGAUCUCUUAGCCAGGAAGAGCGCCGCCGGAGCGUCCCUUGGCAACCUGGCAUGGCCAGUAUUCGCCUAACCACACCAGGAGGAGGCCUCACGCCGGAGCAGUUCGUGCAGCAGCGUGCUGCGCCUAGCCCACCAUUGCAUAUGCACCAGCGUACUUCGUCACGCAAUGGUCCGACCCAAGUUCGACCGAUCUCUGGAGACUGGACGAAUCAGGCUCGACCUCACUCGCGCAUGACAUCCUAUCCAGAUGCCAAUCCCCGCCCUUCAUCGCGCGGGGCCAAUUCGAUGAUCACCAGCUUCAAUGAUGUCUCUGGUCACCUCUCCGCUCGCGAGCAAGAGCAUGUUGCUCGCAUGACUGGGUCUUCUUUCUUCAAUAUCUCGGGCAACUCCAAGAAGGCUCAGCCUCAAGUCAAUCCUAUGGGUCUUGUAUCAACGAUCGACACUCGUGAGCGUGAGAAGCGCGAAAUCAAAGAAGGAAUGUCGAAUCAAAUGGUACAGCACGCAAUCACUCAGCGACAGCUACACCAGCAAUACCAUCAGCAGCAGCAGCAUCUUUCGUAUCAACCCCAGCCUUUGGCCUCUCAUUAUGCUGGCUCCGUAUAUCCUACCCAAACUGUGGAUGGGAUGUAUAAUCUACCCGGCGCCAGUCAGACCUGGGAUGCAUUACAUCAGAUGGGCCGCCCGGAUGAACCUCGUCGGAAGUCGUGGUAUGGCCAGCUUGCGCAAGCUUUGCCUGUGCCCUCAAACUACCAGUCGAAUCAGUAUUUCCCACAACAGAGUGGGUAUCCUGCGAACUAUAACUUCUCGCACUGA